AUGAAGGGCUUCCUUUCUCUCCUUGCCUUGCCAGCUCUGGCUACUGCUUUCCCUAGCCUUAAAGAAGCCGGCAAUGAGAAGAGACUACUCCGCCAAGUAGGUAAUCUGGCCAACGACGUUCAAGGCCUGCUUGGCUCUAUCGCAACCUCCGUCGACCCAGAAAACCGUCGACCUGAGCCCGGAUACCACUUUCGAGAGCCCCGUCCAAACGACUCAAGAGGGUGAGCAUAGCAACAACAAACCUUACUCGUAAAGCAACACACUGACAAGCAUUGCCAGUGCUUGCCCAGGAUUAAACUUGCUCGCCAACUACGGCUAUCUGCCUCGCGAUGGUUACGUCAAUUUCGGCCAGGUCGUCGAAGCCGUUGCCCGUGGAUUCAACAUGGGUGCUGACCUGGCUGUCGUCCUGUGCGUCUUCGCCGUUCUCACCGACGGAGACAUCGAGAACGAGUCCUGGUAUCUCGGCUCCGGCCCGGGCAGGAUUGGUGGUUUGAAUCGUCACUCCACCGUCGAAGCCGACAUCUCUCCAAACAAGGAGGACUACUACAACGGAUGCGGAGACAAUCACCACAUCUCCUCGCGUAUGUUCAGGCAGAACGUCGAGUAUGUCAUGCAGGACCGCAACAAGGAGUUCAGCUACGAUGUCAUGGCCAGGCAGUAAGUCCCGUCCUCUGUCCAUCUACACGACGAAUUCGGGCUAAUGAGGUCAAACAGCUACGGCGAGAACAGCCGCUUCUCCCAACAGUACAACCCAUACCUCUACUACUUCCCAUUCCCUUCCAUCGUCAGUGUUGUCGCCUUCAACUUCUACCCCGAGUACUUCUCGAACGGAAGCCACGGCGCUGGUGGUGUGGCCAACUACGAGUCCAUCUCCAGCAUUGUCGGCGCGAGGUUCGACGAGGAGACCGGCAACUUCCAAUACGUCCCUGAGCGCUGGCCCGAGAACUGGUACCGACGCGCCCGCCCAUACGGCGCUGUCGAGGCUCUCACUGACGGAUUCACUCGUAUCUACCCAGCGGUAAGUGUCUCGACAAUUACAAUUACUUCGAUCUGGUAGCUUAUCAUCUCAUAGAACCCCGUCGGCAUGCCAAUUGGUCAAUUCGGCACUCCCAACUUCAACGCCCGCACAAUUCUCUGCGACGUCUACCAAGGUCUCAAUUCUCCCAUGCCCCUGUUCCUCGCUGGAGAGAGUGAGGCUACAGAAGCCCAGAUCAGCUGGGCCCUUGGCAAGCUAGCAGGCGUUGGACUCAGCGAGACUGUCCUCGGCUGUCCUAGGCGCACCCUCUCUGCCAACUACCUCUACCCCAACGCUAGCACGGCCGGGGGCCCUCUCGGCCCACCACCGGCCGAGGCCUUCAACGCUGGUAACAACAUUUACUACAGGUCCUACUUCUGCGAGGCGCCUACUAGACCUCAGUGUGAUCACGUUUGCUAG